UAUUAACGUCCAUCAAGCCAUCGCAGGCACAUGUGUACAUGUGCGCGGAGGGGAUUACAGAUGUUCGUUAUUCGUAUUUGCUAAUCCUUCAAAGCAGCCAACGAAAACAGAAGACGGAUAGACAUUUUAGCAACCUUUCCCAUCACGGCAUGAUACAUAAAAGGCUGUGGACACUUCGCUUUAUAGAGCAGUGCCUGUUGCCUCAGCAGUGACGCGUGCGUUUGGCGUAUUGCUUCGUGGAAAAUAGGGAACAAAGAGAAGGCAUGGCAUUGGCAGUAAGGAACAAGAUUGCUGAAAAGGUUGUGGGAGUUGUGUCCAGAAUGGGACGUGAACUCUCAUUGGAAGAAGUAUUGAGAAGUACGAGGUUGCAGCUUCCCAAGGACAGUGGCAUUCCCCAGUUAGUGGUCCCCAUGUCGGCCCUGUGCACUGAUGGUGACCAAGACAGCCUCGCUGGAUGCCUACGCGGUGUUUUCGAAGAAGAGCAUGCAUCUGUUUCAAGUUCAAGCAUCUGCUUCAACUUGGACAAAAAGUCGCUCAUAAAGGAUGCCCUGCUGCAUGCAGUAGUGCAGGAGAGCGGUCGCAGGAGUCACAGCAGUCUGUUUAAUAACAUUCUGCGGAAACGAGUCGUCGUUGACUUUAGUUCCCCCAACAUUGCGAAACCGUUUCAUGUGGGGCACUUGCGAUCUACGAUAAUUGGUAAUGUGGUCUGCAAUCUCAACAGCCUCUUAGGUCAUCAGGUCACCCGAAUCAACUACCUAGGCGACUGGGGAACGCAAUUUGGCAUAUUGACUGCUGGUUUUGAAAAGUUCGGAAAAAUGGCUGAGCUAGGGGCAAAACCUUUGGAAUAUUUGCUCGCAGUGUACGUGAAGUCCAAUGAAAUGGCAGAAAAUGAUCCCUCAUUUCGCACAGAAGCCAUGAAAAAGUUUCUGAGCCUCGAAGCAGGCAGUCCUGAUAUAGUCGCACAGUGGAAGAUCUUCAAGGACCUUAGCAUGAGGGAAUAUGCAAAGUUAUACGAGAGGAUCGGCGUAUCGUUCGAUGUCAUAUCUGGUGAAUCUGAUUACAGCAAAGCAGUUCAGCAGCUUCUGACUUCACUUGCUCAGAAUUCUACUCUAAGCACAAGAGAGGACGGUGUCCAAGGAUUGUUUGUAAAAACAAAGGAUGAGCCACGUUUUGUUCCGCUAGCGAAGAGCGACGGGUCCAGCCUGUACCUUGCAAGGGACGUCGCAGCUGUUCUGGAUAGAAAAAAGAAAUACAACUUUGAUACAGCCUACUAUGUGGUUGACUCAUCUCAGUCUGGUCACUUUGAGGCUCUAAAGGCGGUGCUGGAAACCAUGGGCUAUGAAUGGCACACGUCAAUCAAGCAUGUAAAGUUUGGCCGAAUUCAGGGCAUGAGCACAAGGAAGGGAGAAAUUGUGCUCCUGGAGUCACUCUUAGCUGAGGCCAAGGACCGAGCUGCUCAGGCAAUGCAAGCCACACAAACCACUCGUGUGUUCGGUGAAGAUGCUGAGGCUGUCGCCGACACCCUCGGUAUAGCAGGUGUUUUUGUGGCUGCCUUGCGGAUGCGCCGAGCGAGGGAUACCCAUUUCUCUUGGGAUCAAGCUCUCCACAAUCGAGGCGACUCGGGAGUUUCCUUGCAGUACGCUCAUGCCAGGCUCUGCAGUCUCGAAGAGAAGGCUGCCGUCCCAGUUGACCUGAACUGCGACACAGCAUUGCUAAAGGAACCUGAAGCCCUUGAAGUAGCAGUGCAACUGGCAAGGUGGGAUGAAACUGUUCUCGAGGCAUACUCCGAAAUGGAACCAUGUGUCCUGGUUCAAUACCUGUUCUCUCUAAGCCAUGCCGUUAGUCGAGCCAACAAGGCACUAAUGGUGAAGGGCCAGGACAGCGAUCUUGCUUCUGCAAGACUACUUUUAUUCCAUGCAUCAAGAAAGGUCUUAUCACAAGGGCUUCAACUACUUGGAAUAUCCCCCCUUAGUCGGAUGUAGACAAGUGCUAGAAGUUUUGAAGUGUAUAGUUCAGAGGAUAUUGCAGUGGUUUAUUAAUUAAAGGGCUAUGCUGAUGA